CUGAGCCGCCAUGAGGUGGAGCCGGCUGCUGCUGCUGCCGCUGCCACUGUCGCUGCUGUGCCUUCUGGCCGCCGCCGCAGCCGCCGACGCGCAGUCCACGUCCGCGCUGUCGACGCCGUCCGCCCCCGCGUCGCCCACGACACCCACCGUCACCGCUACCACUGCCGCCCCCGCAGGCCUGCGGGGACACCGGCGAGGAGGCGCCAACCGGAGACCGCGCAACGGGAACAGCGGGCACCACAACAACAGCCACGCCAACGGCAGCAACAACAACAACCACCGGGGAGGCACCGAGAGGCGGCAGCGACACCGCAAGGGAGGCGGAGGCCGCGGUCGCGGCUCCAAGUGGUGGGGGAUCGCCAAGAUCGGGGAGCCGACGAACCUGCUGCCGCUGCCGCCGGGGCGCGCCAAGGCGCUGGACCCCAUCAUCCACGCGACGCUGCGGCGGCGCCAGCGCCGGCUGGUGCUGGACAACCAGGGCGUGCUGAUGGCCGUCGUCAAGGGCGCCAAGCAGGCCAUCCUCGAGUGCCAGUACCAGUUCCGCAACCGCCGCUGGAACUGCUCCACGCGAAACUUCGUCCGCGGCAAGAACCUCUUCGGCAAGAUCGUCGACAGGGGCUGCCGGGAGACGGCGUUCAUCUACGCCAUCACGAGCGCCGGCGUGACGCACGCGAUAGCGCGCGCCUGCUCCGAGGGCAGCGUGUCGGCCUGCUCGUGCGACCACAGCUACGCGCACCGCGCGCACGCCCACGCCAAGCACCCUCUGCCCGGCACCGCCGCGGCGGCCGACUGGGAGUGGGGCGGCUGCUCCGACAACAUCGACUACGGCUUCAAGUUCUCCCGCGAGUUCGUCGACACGGGCGAGCGCGGACGCUCCCUCCGGGAGAAGAUGAAUCUUCACAACAAUGAGGCGGGCCGAGCGCACGUGGUGUCGGAGAUGCGGCGCGAGUGCAAGUGCCACGGCAUGUCGGGCUCGUGCACGAUCCGCACGUGCUGGAUGCGGCUGCCCAGCUUCCGCGUCGUGGGCGACAACCUGAAGGACCGCUUCGACGGCGCGUCGCGCGUCAUGCUGAGCAACGCGGCUGCGCCGGGCGGCGGCAAGCGCAGCCGCUACAACCUGCAGCUGCGGCCCUACAACCCAGACCACAAGCCGCCCGGCGUCAAGGACCUGGUGUACCUGGAGCCGUCGCCGGGCUUCUGCGAGCGCAACCCGCGCCUCGGCAUCCAGGGCACGCACGGCCGCCAGUGCAACGACACCUCCAUCGGCGUCGACGGCUGUGACCUCAUGUGCUGCGGGCGCGGCUACCGCACGCAGGAAAUCACCGUCGUCGAGCGCUGCGCGUGCACUUUCCACUGGUGCUGCGAGGUCAAGUGCAAGCUCUGCCGCACCGUCAAGACCAUCCACACGUGUCUCUAGGCGGCUCCC